GUAAAUAUUGUGUUUGCUUUGGCAGCCACAGACAGUAUGAUAUACAAGAAGACUUUAAAAACUUUUCCCUACCAACCAAGAACAUAACUAUGUUUAAAACAUGAAUUAUUAAACUUGUGUGAUGGAUGGUGAAAGCGAUGGUGAUGAAUUUUACGACGCAUCAGAAUAUCCAACUAUUUCAACUCCUGAGAAAAGCGACAGUGUCAAUACGAGAUCCGGUGAUGACUCGCCUAUUAUCAGGUAAAUAAAUGGCCAUUUUCUGACAGUUCAUUUGUUUGUUGUCAGAUUAUAUCAGAAUUGUUUUUGUUGAUUUUAUGUAGGGGAGAUUUUGAGUUAUUGUCUGUCAGCAAAGGUGCCUCCAAGGUCAGUCUUCAAAAUUGUCAUAGAUUUUCACUUUUUUGUUUACUUUUGAAAUGUAACCAUGAUUUUUUCAGUUCUAACUUUCUUUAGAAAAAUUGAUGUGUGAUUAAGCAUAAAAUAUGGCACAAUGAAACAGUAGAUUUGACAAGUUAUUGACAGUUUACACAUAUUUAAUAUUUGAAUGUUUCAAUGAUCACAUGAUUUGCACAUGUGCAGCACAUGUUCUAGCUGUACUAAGGUGAUAUAAUUUUGAACAGUCUGGGGGCAGUGUAGGUAGUGUCAGUAAUAAGAAAGCUUUGAAUUAAUUACAACUACCAGAAAAUAUAAGGAGAACUUUGACAUUUUGAGUGAAGCCCCUUCAUCGAGAAACGUCGAUUGACCUCCUUGUAUUUUUCAGGUAGUUGUAUACCUAUCAAUCUGAGACGGUACUAAGGUGGCUAUGUUCAGAAAACACUUCUCAAAAGAAUAAAACAAGGCUCUUGAUAGAAUUGAAUAGUUUUCAAACAGUCAACUUGUAUAGAUUUUGUGCUACUUUAGUUAAAGCUCCAGCACUAUCCCCUUGAUGAGUAAAAUUGUCUGGCAUUACAGUAUAUGGAGUAAAUUAAUAGGGAUGUGCCAGAUCCGGAUACCGGCAUCCGAUAUCCAGUAAAAUUUAGACAUCCGGCACUAUCCGGUAUAAAUUUGCCGGAUAUUUACCGGAUAGUACUGUAAGAUAUUUUGUUGCAACCAUGAAACAGAAAAGUUUACUUGGCAUUUAAAAAUUGUGAAAAACAAACAAUUACUGAGCGUGCGCUGCAUUACGACGAAAUUAUGACAUAUUUUUUUCGUGAUGGUGAUGUGAACUGCUCGUUCGCCAACAGCAGUGAAUUUUAUAUACUGAAUACCAGUAAACAAUGUAAGGUGAAUCAUAAGAUAUGGCCUUGGUAAAGACAAAUAGGUCAAAGAGACAAAAAACUCUUAUUGUAUUAAACACAUUGCCACAUUUGACUAGUUAAUUAAGCUAUAAAAAUGUUGUGUUUCUAAUAAAUUAUUGUAUGGAAGUAUCUGGUUAUUAUCCGGUAUCCGGUUAUUAUCUGGUAUCCGGUCAUCAUUUUCUCCUGACUGGUAUCCGGUGGACUACUAUCUGGUAUCCGGCAAAACAGUAUCCGGCGCAUCCCUAUAAAUUAAUAAAGUAGGGCAUAUUAUGGCACAUCAACAUAAAUAUGGGUUAACUUGACACAUGGGCAGAUACUGCCAGAUAGUUUGGUUAAUAUAUGCCCAGUCAUACUGUAAUUAGAACCCACAGCAGUAUUUGUAAAUAAAAUGUAUAUUUUGUUGUGGUACAGGAUGAACCAGAUGGCACUAUGUCCACCAGUGUGGAUGAAAAACAACAUGUUGUAGAUAACAAAACUGUUGAUACAGUUCAACCUCCUUCUCUUUCUAAUGAGCAUGAAUCACAAAAUGAAGUUAAAUGUGUGCCUCAUAGUGACAUAAAGGAACAUGAAAUGGAAACUUCAGAAGUGAAAACAGAAGAAUGCAAUCAAGGGAAACAGAAAGAAAUUGAUAAAAAUAAUUCAGACAAAACAAACAAUUCAAACCAAGCUCCUGUAGCACCACCAAGACGUAAAAAGAAGAACAAGAAACAACUAGACAAGACUCAGGUGAAUAUUACUGCACAUCAUGAUAGUGAAAUGAAUAUAUUAGCUAAUGAAUGUGUUAUUUAAAUUGCACUGUAUAGUAAUGUGUAUAAUACUGUAUAGUUUAGCUUAUAGUACUUUGGGAUAUUCUCAACUGUAUGAAACAGCAUUGCUGGUCAAGUAAAAUCCAAAUCAAAUUUUGAUUUCUUGUUCAAGGAUUUCAAAAGUGGCCAUCCAAAAUAAUUUUGUGGGCGUGGCAACAUAUUUUUGUGGCAUGGUCACAUGUUUUUGGGUGUGGCCGCAACUUUCUGUUGUUCAGGAAUUGUGGUAUUUUAUUCGUUGAACCACAGUUAAUAGAGUUUUAGAUGCACAUUUCCGUCAUUAAAUUAGUAAAAGCACACGUAUGGUAUGAUCACUACCGUAACUGUGACAUGGCGCUCGAGCGAUAAAGCAAUUGCUGUUGUUUAAAACAGCGGUUUCACAUUAUUCUCCUUGAUACUUCAUGCGAGAAUCAUCAAAAUGGUUACAAAAACAUGGCGCGUCUUACAAAAAUAUGGCGAAAAAAUAUUACAAAGCUUGUAGGUUGCUAUUUAAGGAAAAUAUUCCCUUCGGCCGUCCAUGACCGUUCAUUAAAAUUUAGCCGUGAAGGGAUGAAAAAUUCCCAUAUAAACAUUAUGAGCAUGUGUAAAUGCCUUUGCUGCAAAAAUAUGGCUUGAAACAAGGCUUGAUGCCCGCGAGGAAUGCUGGUUUUAGUCGUCAUCACCUGGGAAAAUUAAACAAUUCAAAAUGGCCACUAUCGAAAUUAUCCCGGCCCGUAACAUUCCUCGCGGACAUCAAACCUUGUGACAUCAUUAUACAUAAGGUAUAUUGCUUAAAUGGCUUCAUCCUGGCCACAGAAUAGGAAGGUAUAGCAGAAGUGUAACUCAAGCAAGUAUUUGUCCGCGUUUUUACAAGCAAUUCGUCAUCAAUCACGCCAUCCUGGCUAGUACAACAGGCACUUUGUACCUACCAAAACCUGAUAAAAACUUCCGGUUGUACUAGCCAGGAUGGCGUGAGCGAGUUAAAAUUUUUGUGGACGUAAAACAAUAAAGGAACCAACUCUCAAGUUACACUUCUGCCACAGAUGAUAGAUAAUACCAGAUGUCUCACUCAGCCAAAAUUGUGUUCGCGAUUUUUUAUGAGCACGCGCUGGCCGCCAUUUUGGCAGUAAAUGUAAUCCACGCCAUGAAACGUGAGCAAUCACGCAUUUUGGCAGUAAGCGCCAUUUUGGCAGUAAGUGUCGCACGCGUCAUCUGGCGUGAUAGCCUCGCGAAAAUCGCGGACACGAAAAUCAUAGGGAUAGGUAUAGAGUGAGACAUCUGGUACUAUCUAUCAUCUGUGCUUCUGCUGUACCUUCCUAUUCUGUGUCCUGGCAAUGUAUUUUGUCCAUAUUAACAUGCUAUCCUGCAUAGACGAGUUUCCCGGCUAGGCGGGAUGAAAACGUAUUAUCCCGGCUAGGCGGGAUCAUAUAAACAGGCCCUUAAUCUCAGUUAUAUUUCUUUUGAACAGAACUCAACAAGCAAUGAAAACUUUAAGUCCUAUAUUCGUCCGGAGAAAACUGAACAAGACGAUACUACACAUUCAGAGGAUGUAAAGGUGGAACAAAACCCAAUUACAAUUGAUGAUGAAAACGUAGCUGACCUUCCAAAUGUUGAAGAAACUGUAGAUUCAGAUCUGGACAUUAGUACUCAAGAAAUGAGUGAAAUAUUGGACAGGAAUAGCUGCACUGAAGUCAUAUCACCGUUACAUUUACAAAGGAAUAAAUCACAAUCUAUUUCAUCUAUUGGAAGUUUCUGUAGUGUUUCAAGUAAUAUGUCAUUUCAAGAAAAGUCAAAACGUUCUGGCUCCCAAGUGUCACUUGGAAGUUUAAAUAAUACUGAGAAAACGCCUACUGCUUCGGCGGCAGUUGGUUCACAACUCACUGAUCAGGUAUUCUAUGCUCACAAUUUUUCAUAAUUUCAAUUCAUUCUCAGUUACCAGUGUCAGUGAGUAUAUACAGCUAUUUGGCUUACAAUUACCAUUGCACCUCUCAUUAUUAUUUCCAAGAGAUUUCAAAACCUAUCAAUAUUACGUCAUUUAUAAAGAGCCCGCGUCUACAUGUAAAGUUGAUUUUUGCUGCUAUUCAAUCAUUCGUGUAAUUCGUCUGGUGUAAACCACUCGAUACUCCAGAGAUUCCUGUUGCGAGAAGGCAGGGUGCGAUAAUUCGCGUACCAACGUACCGGAGGUACGCCAAAUGUAUGGUCUGGUACUUCUUUGUUUUUAGCCAAGUACCACGUAGGUACGCGGAAAUUUACUAUUGGCGUACCUACAUUUUCCUUCUAGCAAUAACUAGCAAACCUACCUAAGUAGGCAAAACCGUGAAGAACUUUAGCUGUACAAAUAGCUGUACAUGUAAAUUCCACGCAUCCGACAUAUUUUGGGAUGAAAAAAGCCAAUCUUUUUAAUCUUUGUGCUUGAUCAAAAAAUUUAUCGUCAGGGCGUUAGGAACCGGGGGGGGGGGCAGGCCCCCAAGUUUUGCCAAUUGCCCUUUUUCCGGGAGCAAAGUGCCCUUUUCUUCGGUGAAAAAUGUCAUUAAGAUUGCAUUUUUUGGCCCAAAGGGCAAAGAGCACUUUUGGUAUAUCCGGAAAAUUUUUUUUCAUAUUUAGGAAAAAAUGUGGCAUAUCCGGAAAAUGUUUUUGGUAUGUCCGGAAAAUGUUUUUGAGAUGACCUCCCCCCCGUCGCCAACAUUUCCGGGAAAAAUUUUUUAGAUGCCUUUUUUAUUCGAAAAGUUCCCAUCGAAGCCUGCCUCCCCCCCCCCCAACUUUUAGAAGCUUCCUACGCCCCUGUUUAUCCAUCGUCCGAGUGAGAGAUUUAAAAAUCGUUGUCGUCAAACGCCGAUAAUUUUAUCGUUUUCGUUGUAGUGUGGACACUAACAUAAUUUUCUUGCGUGUUUACAAGUUAUCGUUAUCGUUGUGUGGUGUGACCUGGGCUUAAUUGUCAAUGCUAGUACCAAAGCCUAAAAAAAUACCUGUGGUUCCGGUUCCCGACCGACCCUAUUUUUUUCUGCCAACCCUAUUAUUUUUUUCAACACGAUUGACCGUGCGACCUAGGCCUAUUUACUCCGGGUGGUUGCGGGCUGCUCGUACAGCGUGCAAAAAAAUGGCGUCUGUUGUCACAAUAAUUAUUAUUGAACCAAAUUGCCUAAAUUCGUCCGUAGGAACUACGCAUCUCUAGUUAAUAUUGAUGUCUGGACUCUACUGAAAAUCGCCCAGCAAAAAACCGCCAAAACCAUUUUUUCCCACCUACCUACCCCGAAUUUUUCGCGAUAUGAAACCGGAACCACAGGUUUUUUUUAGGCCCAAUGAGGAAAACUACACUGUAUGUAGCUGCGGUCAGACUGUUAGCACCCUCGGUAAAUCCACUGUAAAUGAGCGAUGGCAUUCGAGUCGCAACGUCGACGCUUUGAAAAGUGUUAUAUUAUGUUGUACAAAUACCAUAAUUAAAGAUUCAUUUGUACAAAAUUGCCCAUACAUUUUUUGCUUUUGGACCAGUAAACUAUACGUAGGUAUAAAAACGCAUGACUCGGAAGUAGUCUUAGGUACGUCAUGACUCUUAAGUUUGUACCAGAUCAGGUACGCGGCAAAAGUUGUCGGAGUACCAGUCAGGUACGGCUAAAAAUAUUGAAUUAUCGCACCCUGGAAGGCAGUUGUGGACUUCAAAUUGGGGAACGGCCUAACGGGUACACACAUUUUCUCUUACACGCAUCCAGAACGUUUUGAAACGGAAAUUGAACUAGUUCCGGACUCCGGACGUGUUCUGGAAUACGCAGUGUUCCAAACAGAAUUGUUAUUUGAAAACAAGAGAAGUUAUUUGAAUAGUUAUUUUACCGUUUUUGCAUUUUUAAGGUAGCAAAAUCUCUUCAAGGUAACAAAACAAUCAGGGCAAACCCCACUAUUUGCAAAACCAGAGAUAUCUGAGGAAAUAUUUCUGAUUACCAGAAAAUUUUCAUUUUUUAAAAUAUGUACCAUACAUGUCUCGAGGACCUUGAAAUAAACAAUACCUAGAACAGCAUUAAAUAAAGGAGUAAAGCUGAGUAGAGUAGAGAGCCACAUUCUGUUUUUGUUCAAUUUAUUAACAUCGUGAGAGAUUCGGUUUUUGAAUUUAAUUUUGUUGUUUUAUUUUAAUAUUUAAUCUAAUUUACAACAGGAAAUACUUGAGGCAGUGGUUGUGCGAAAUUUGGACACAGGUGAAACUAUGCCGUUGAGCGCCGCAGAAAAGAAUCUUCCAUCUGGAGUAAAUCCUCUUGCAUUGCAUAUCAUGAGACUUACCACAGAAUUUUCCAGGUAA